AUGGUAACGACACCGGAUAACACGCAGCUUGAGCCGUCGACGAGCCGACAAAGCCUUGACAAGACGGACCUCAAGGCAGAAGAGAGUGAUGAGUUCUUUUACCUCAAGAGCACGCCUUUCACACUUACAAAACCUUCAUUCCGUCAUGGUCCCAUCACAUUUGCAAAAUCCGAGAUGGUCAAAGGGAUGAAGACAAUGGACGACACGCUAGACUGGACAGCGUUCCAGAUGGCGAUUCUAGGAGGAGCUGGAGACUUACUUCAGGACAUGUCCAACGAAGAAGACAUUAAGCAGGUCGAAGAGAUCACGUCGUGGUUCGAAUCGUUCGGGUUCGAGACGUACGGAACGCUGGUGCCCGAGGACGUGCCGUCGAUGCGGUCCUCGUCCCGCAGCACGGUAUCGUCAACGCCUUCAACCAUCGACACGGACAUUGACCUGCCGAUCCCGGUGGGUGCUGAGUUUCCUUCCGGGUUCUGGAACGCCCCGGCCCCCAGCGACGCCGUGGACAUGGACAAGAAGGCUAAGUUCUUUAACAGCACAGGGCUAAAGCGAUGGGUGGGCGAAGGUCGCCCCAAGCGCCCUUCGUCGCACAGCUCGGUGGAAAGCUUACCACCGAGCCCGAUGAUGCCGCUCGUGGUUCACAUGGCCGAUGGCGAAGACGAUACUACUACUCCGGAGACGGUACCGAUGGGAUAUAAUCUGGGUCACGACCUAGGCGACUUUUUGCGGUGGGAGGCGGAAUAUACGAAUGAAAAGAAGACGAUGUUUAUUGAUCAGCCCCAAGACGCUUCGCUUCGGGUGCAGAAUCUCGGCACCGCCACUCCUGCAAGAAAAGAUGACUGCAUUGGACUGGACUGGACCCGUCCUCGGGACAUACCCUCUUCACGAACAAGCGGGCUGGAGAAGCAACAGUCGGAUGACUUCAAACCAGGCAAGAGCCUCAAAGGCCUAGGCGAGAACAAGAUAGCCAUCUUCCUCUGGGUGCUCUUUGCCGUGGCAACAACAGUCAGCUGGAUCCUCCAGUACACCCUCCAGCUGAACGAGGCCGCCGAGUAUGGCUUCAAGACGAUGGCCAGCGAUACGUGCAAGCGCCUCAAGUGGCGUCGCAAUAUCGUAGGCAUGUAUCUGAUCGCUCUCAACAUCGCCACUGCCGUCGUGGCCUUCAUCGCCUCCUACUUCCGGGCCGGCCUCCUGGCACCAACCCCCAGCGCAUACCGGGAGUCGAAGGGGAGGCUCUAUUUGGGUGUAGAGUCGGGCAGGGGAUUCCUCCAUGUUAGCUGGCCUCGCAAGGUCAUGUAUGUGGUGCUGCUGCUAGCAUCACUACCGCUGUACUAUUUUAUAGCUCAUAAACGCAGGUCCAACAGUCUCGUUACGACAAAGCACUCUACGUACAACGCCUACGAGGUCCUCGUGUCUACCGCCUUUUUCGAAGGCAAGCCCUUUGACCUGGCCGGCAUCAAUAUGACUCGCUACGACUCCCUCAAAGAGACGCCGGCCAUGCCAUCACCCGAUCUGCAGUGGCCGGCCGAGUACGGGGCAUCCGACGCUCUCAACAGCUCGCUCGCGCGCCUGCAGAGGGAGCCAACGCUCUGGAAGAACCUUUCUCGCGCCGACUGUGUCAAGCAGUUCAACGAAGCCGUUUACACCCGGUACCGGACGCUCGUACUGGUGACAGACUAUGAGAGUGACAUCAACAGCUCCAACUCAGCCCUGGCUGCCACGGUCCUCCCUGGCUAUCGGCUCAAGUCGGCCUCGGACUCGCUCAUCGCCCUGUGUCCCGACACGUAUCUAGAGACUUACAACGGUACGAUACAUCCGUCCGAGACGCCGUUUCUGAGUUUAUACGAGGAGCCUCUGGUUUCCGAGAAAGUGACGUUCCUGUCUUCCACCCAGGCCCGCGAGUGGGCGACCAACCGAUCACUCUCGGCUGGCGACGUCUCACCGAGCCGCACCUUGGAGCGUCGACGGGGAGGGCCGGUGAGCGAGACCGGCUUUUCCAACCCAGUGCCGGGCCGAGAUCUGUGCUACCGUUACUGGUCUGACAACGAUCGGUGGAUGCCCAACACCCGCAUCUACCGCGUGCCGCAAUGCCCUCUGCAGUACUGCCUCGCCGAGCCCGUCGAGACGCCGCGCAUGUGCCAAGUGGUGUACAGCCCGCGCGUUCUCUUCAUCCUAUCCGUGUUCCUCACCUUCCUGUUCACCUUCAUCUCCAUGGCCCUUUAUCUGCGGUGCGCGCGGGAAGGGCUCUAUAGUAGGGAUGAGGCGAGCGAGUACUUCCGCUAUGAGAAGCAAUUGUACCGCCUGGGCUGGUCGGAGGAAUUCUACGGCAAGUAUGGCGGCGGCUCGAGGAUAUUCCACCACCGCCGCAUGCCGUGGCACCUCUGUGUUCUCAGUGUAGUCGUCUUCAUCUACGUCUUUGUUCUCUGGGGCGAUGCGGGGAGCGUCGGGGGGGAAGUCAGAUAUUAUCCCUCUAGUCCUGGAGACGAGACCUGGUUCUUUAAGGCCCUCGCCUUGAACAAGUCUCUCCACAUCGUCUUUGAGGUGCAGCUUUACUUCCAAGAUGCCGAUGUCCGCAAGCGCUUCUUUCGGGUCACACCGGAUGUGGACUACCAGGAUCCAGGGAAGGAAAACUGGGGGCAGGAGAUGCUGAGGAAGACGGGCGAGUUCUUCAAGAGCAGCGAGACGUACCUCAAGUCGUCCCUGGCUGUGCGGUCGUUCCUUAUACACGCGGUAUACGAGCUCAUCUUCAUCACGCAGCUGAUGGGCGCGGCGCCGCUGGAGGAGGAGGCCGGCAUGCUCGAGGGGUCCAAGCCCCUGGCCUUCACCACGCUCGGCGUGCCGGACUUCAACGAGCGAGCCAACAAUAUCGACAUCGGCUUCUUCUUCUUCAACUGGCUCGUCUUUAUCGGCCUCCCGUCGACCCUACUAGACGUCAUCUUCUAUGCCACGGCUGGCCGCCACGAGGAUAAGAAGGACCAUGUCAUGUCCCCUUCUUUCGGGGUACUCAGCUACGUCUGUCUAUUGACAGGCAUUUCUUGGAAUCCGAUACAUGGGUGGAUGAGCUGGAAGAGGUGCUGGUAUCGUUUGAACCAUUAUUGUUAA